UAGAAUGCUGCUACCAAGGCAGAGGUAGACAAGCAGGGAGCUCAGGAGAAAGGCCUCUGACUAAAUGUAAGAGAAGAGUUUUGUUUGGGGAAAAGUUGUGGAUAAUUUUUUUUAAAGCAGAAAGAAAAAAAGUAUUACUUAGAGAGAGGUGUAGUUAGGUGAGAAAAGACAAUGGUACAGAUGGGGAACAUGAGCUGUGCCUUGCGCUCCUGUGUUCUUCUGGCAGUCUUGUGUGCCUGCUGGCCUCCCUGGACUCUGGGACAAGAGCUGAAGGAGCAAGAUGCCCUCUGCACUGCAGAUGGCUGCUACGCCGUCUAUUUCCAACGUAAGACCUUUCGGGAAUCUGCAAGGUUCUGCAAGGACAAACGUGGUUCCCUGGCAACCCUAAAGAGUUCUGAGGAAGCGGCUGUGGUCCAUGAGCUCCUGUCGUCGGUGGAGCAGCGCGGCCCUCGGGCCAGGGUCAGACUGUGGAUUGGGCUCCAUCGCCAGCCCAGGCAGUGCUCUGCCACACGCCCACUCAGGGGAUUCCAAUGGAUCACAGGUGAACAGGACACCCAGUACAGAAACUGGCUGAGAGCGGACUCACCUACUACCUGUGCCGCGCCCCGCUGUGUGGUCAUAAGCGUCAACACUGCUGCUGACACCCGGGAGCAGCACGACAACUUCAAGUGGCUGGAUGGCUCCUGCUCACUGGCUGUGGAUGGAUUCAUGUGUCACUACAGCUACCGGGGGAUGUGCCCUUCUCUGAAGAGUGAGGGAGAGGGACCUGCACUGUAUACCACCCCUUUCAGCCUGCUCAGCACCAUCCUCACUCACAUCCCCUUUGGUUCAGUAGCCACCUUGCCCUGCCAAGACCAUGAGGACAAUGUAGGAGACCAGUCUGUUCUUUGCAUUCUGAGGGAGGAUGGGAGUGUGGGCUGGUCAAAGGAUGCCCCCCUCUGCUCUGAAGGCCCCCAGGACUGGUGUGAAGAGGAAAAUGGUGGCUGUGAGCAUUUCUGUCAGAAUGCUGACACACACUAUUACUGUGAGUGUUCUGAAGGCUUCACACUGACAGAGGACGGCCAGACCUGCCAGCCGAACCAUUCCUGUGCCACGGCCAACUGUGAGUUUGACUGUGAAGAGACUACUAAGGGAUUCCGCUGCAAAUGUCCAAAUGGCUACCUGUUGGCACCUGGUGGACGUAACUGCCUGGAUGUUGAUGAGUGUCUGCGGGCGCCCUGCCCUCAUAUCUGUGUAAAUGCUCCUGGGACAUUUGAGUGUCGCUGCAAUGAGGGCUACGAGCCUGAUGAAGACGGAGAAUGUGUGGAUGUCGAUGAAUGCAAAGAUUCCAGCAGCUGUGCACACAGAUGUGAGAACACCCCUGGUUCCUAUGCCUGCCACUGCCGCAAAGGCUUCACUGAGCUGCCCGAUGAGCCAGGCUUAUGCCAGGACAUCGAUGAUUGUCAGAUCUCCACAAGCUGCCACCAGAAGUGUCUCAACUAUGUGGGUGGGUUUGAGUGCUAUUGUGAGGCAGGGUACGAGCUGCAGUCAGACCAGUAUUCCUGUAUGGCCAUUCCAGAGGGUGAACAUGAGUAUUCAUCCACAGCUACCUCAUCCUACCAAACCUCUUUCUCCUGGGUCCCCGAAUUCCCAGACUGGGUUACCGACACCACAGCUUUGGAGUGGCUGACAGAGCAGACCAGCCUUGAAAGGCUUCCUACUGAGAAGACAGCCUCUAUGCCGGUUCCACACAGGCCGUCGAAUGACCAUAACUCACACUGGGAUGUUCUCACACGGAGAAAGCCCGCUCAGAACACUGUCACACCCUCGCCCAGCUCAUCCUCCCAGGAAGAGGAUGUCACUCAAAGCCAAGCAGGUGAUCCCUCAGUGGUGUCCAGCGUUAGUGACAGCCACCACCCAGCAGUCCAGAAUGACAGGGGGGCUGGGAGAGUGGUAGAAACCCCAGACAGUAACACUGUGGUUAAGGCCGCCACCACCCCCACCAUCACACUCAGAGUCCCACUUCCAGCCCAAACAACAGCAUCCGCAUUAGGGGCAGAGCGGCCUGACAGUAAGGGCAAAAGGAAGCAGGACAAGAGCUGGCUUCUCGUAGCACUCCUGGUGCCCCUGUGUGUUUUCAUUGUGGUGAUGCUGGCUCUGGGCAUUGUGUACUGCACUAGCUGUGCUGUAGAACAAAACAAGAGAAUCACUGACUGUUACCGCUGGAUCGUCACCUCCAAAUCAGAGGACAAGAAUAAGGCGAAAUCUCCUGCUUGACCAAUAGAGGGCAUACUGACUUUUUAAUGAACAGUUCUGAAUAGGGGGGAUGAAUAAAGGGUUAAAUAAAGGACAGGAUCCAGACCACCCAUCUGAUGGCCUCUGCCGCUAUCACAGUGAAACUGAACCCCUGCAUACUCCUGCGGAACAUUCUAGUGUCUCUGUCUGAAGUCCAUCUACAAAUAGUGCUUAUUAAUUAUGACAACAUAAAUGAAGUGCUGUUUUUUUUAGGUGUUGUAAAGAUCUGAUAAAUGCUUCUGAAGUCAGGGGAGAUGGCUUUAUCGAGAGGAAGGGGUUCAUAUUUCACUGCUAGUGCUUCUGAAGACAGGGGAGAUGACUUUAUCGAGAGGAAGGGGUUCAUAUUUCACUGCUAGUGCUUCUGAAGACAGGGGAGAUGACUUUAUCGAGAGGAAGGGGUUCAUAUUUCACUGCUAGUGCUUCUGAAGACAGGGGAGAUGACUUUAUCGAGAGGAAGGGGUUCAUAUUUCACUGCUAGUGCUUCUGAAGACAGGGGAGAUGACUUUAUCGAGAGGAAGGGGUUCAUAUUUCACUGCUAGUGCUUAUUUCGCCACCAUCAGAAAAAUGUCUUAAACAAUUUUUAAUUUAGCAGGUGCUAAAGUGUAUUGUAGACCUCGUUAUUGAGGUUACUCAUAAUAAACAGAAUAAACUUCAGAGUAUUAAUUUAAGAAACCUAGAUGAGAAACAAGCCCAUAACAUUUAUUGAGAGGAAACACUGUCCAAGCAAAAUGCUCCAAUUGCAGAAUAUUUGGAUAUGUUGUCGUUUGUAAUGUGUACCCACUUUUGUUAGUUUGGCCUAAAUUGAAUUAUGUCCUUCUAGAUUCGUUGCACUGAGUAUGCAUUGGAUUUGAAUAAAAUCAAUAAACCAUU